UGUCAGAUGAGCAACAGCCUCGCAGAGCAGGAGACCAGCUCCUCUGACAUGGUGCUGAUUGAUCCUCGUUGCCAUUCAGGGUAACGGCGUCCAUCACUUGGAGGUUUUAGAGAAGAGCCGCGGAGAGGACAGCCGGGGACGCUCCGCCGCCUGUUAUUAGAGAUGUCCCUGCUCUGUGUUGGAGUGAAGAAAGCCAAGCUGGAUGGACCCCAAGAAAAGUUCAACACUUAUGUGACUUUAAAGGUUCAAAAUGUGAAGAGCACAACUAUCGCUGUCAGGGGCAACUUGCCCAGCUGGGAGCAAGACUUCAUGUUUGAAAUUAACCGCCUCGACCUGGGUCUGACAGUAGAGGUAUGGAACAAAGGUUUAAUCUGGGACACUAUGGUCGGCACCGUGUGGAUCCCCCUCCGGAGCAUCCGACAGUCUAAUGAGGAAGGUCCAGGGGAGUGGCUCACACUGGACUCUCAGGUCAUCAUGGCCGAUAAUGAGAUCUGUGGCACCAAAGAACCUACGCUGCACCUGGUGCUGCUCGAUACACGCUUUGAGCUGCCGCUAGACAUCCCUGAGGAUGAGGCACGCUACUGGGCCAAAAAACUGGAGCAACUGAAUGCCAUGAGGGACCAAGAUUACUCGUACCAAGAGGAACAGGAACCGCCUCUCCGUGCACCAGGAACCCAGUGCUGUAACUGGAGUCUAUGGGGCGAGCAACAAAAUGAAGAUCCAGAUAGUGCUGUGGACGACAGAGACAGCGACUAUCGCAGUGAAACCAGUAACAGCAUCCCCCCUCCCUACUACAGCACAUCCCAGCCCAACGCCUCUGUCCACCAAUAUCCCAUCAGCCACCAGCACCGCAACUCCAGAAGCUUCUCAUAUCCAGAUUCUGGCAACAGCCAAGACCCCGACUUCCAACAUCAGAGAACUGUCAGUCCCACUGGCAGCUAUGCAUCGUCUGCAGAGCUCAGCCGCUGCAGCAGUCAACUGAGUGAGGAGGACUAUGGCGGCGAGUAUGGGGAAAGGGACCCUUAUGAUGAGAAUGACUCCUACCACUCCUGCCAUUCCUCUGUUAGCUACAGCAAAGGCUCUCCAGACUGGGAUGAGACCCAGGGGGGCUACAGUGAUGAGUGUGGCUACAGCAAAGAUGGAGGAGAAGAGGUGGCUCUGUACGAGGGAGAUGAAGGAGGGCUGUAUGAGGGAGAAGAGGAGGGCCUCUAUGAGGAUGAGGAGAUUAUGUAUGAUGAUGAGGAUUUAUACACUUUGGAAGGGACUCUCAGUGAAGACAUUGAGCCACCAUUCACUCCUACUCCAACAUCAACUGCGGCCCCAGCACUUGACGUACCCGGUUCCAGACCUCCUCUAGAGAAACACCCGUCCCUACACCAACAAGAUCCUCCUUCUGAAACCACCAACCAAACAUCCAAGCUGGCUCAUCCUCCUGGGGUAGCACCAACAACACAGCCCCCUACCAGUCAGCAGACAACCCAACCACCGAAACAACUCCCCCCCCAAACACAGGCUCAGCCCCAGCCAGCUCCAUCUGCCACGUCCUUCUUCUCAAUGGCCAAACCUCUAACAGCUGCAGUCACAGGUUUGGCUUCUAGUUUCCUAUCUUCAGUCCCCGCUGCCCAGCCCGCCCAGCCUCAUCCUCCUCCUCCAGCUUCAGCUGUUCCUCAGCAGCACCAAACUGUUACAGCCACCUCUGUCCCCCCAUCCCACCCGGCCACUAUGGCUAACUCCCAGCCACCCCCCACUAUUACGGGCUCUUCCUCCCAGCAGACUCCAUCCACUGCACUAUCUCAGUCCCACAUCAGUGAUCCCUCCACCACACAGUCUGCUGCUGUUGAGGACAAGGCUCCCAAGUCGGAGGAAGAACUGUGGUUAGAAGAGGAAAUGAUGGAGGAGGAGGAGCCCAGGACACCCCCUGCUCAGCCUGAGGACCAGCUCCCCGUGGAGCAGGAAGAGGAGUACAUUGAAGAGAGCAGACCAGUGACGCCAGAGGAGGAAGAAGAAAUGCCACCUGAGAGUCCUCCAGUUAUAGAGGAGCCAAAAGAGCCUGUUGAUCCAGCAGUGAGGGCUAAAGAGAACUGGCUACGGCUCUACAAUAAGGUUUUACAGCAGCUUCGAGAGGCACGAGGAGAGCCCUCCAACUCGCUGUGGUUUGGUAAAGGAGGGAUGGGUGGAGCGCUCUACAGUAUUGACAGCAUGCCUGAUCUUCGGAAGAGGAAAGCCAUUCCCCUCGUCAGAGAUCUGGCGAUGUCUCUGGUCCAAAGCUCACGUAAAGCUGGGAUCACCUCUGCCAUGGCCUCCACCACUCUUGGUAACGAGGACUUGAAGAGUCAUGUUUACAAGAAGACCCUGCAGGCUCUGAUCUACCCCAUCUCCUCCACUACUCCACACAACUUUGAGGUGUGGACAGCAACCACCCCCACUUACUGUUACGAGUGUGAGGGACUGCUGUGGGGUAUCGCCCGCCAAGGCAUGCGCUGCUCUGAGUGUGGCGUCAAAUGUCAUGACAAGUGCCAGGAUCUGCUGAAUGCCGACUGUCUGCAAAGAGCUGCAGAGAAGAGCUCAAAGCACGGGGCCGAGGUCCGAACCCAGAACAUCAUCAUGGUCCUGAAGGACCGCAUGAAGAUCAGAGAGAGGAAUAAGCCAGAGAUCUUUGAGUUGAUCCUAGAAGUGUUUGCCUUCGACAAAACAACACAUGGUACACAGAUGAAACAGAUAAAGCAAAGCGUGCUCGACGGGACCUCGAAAUGGUCAGCGAAAAUCAGCAUCACAGUGGUGUGUGCUCAGGGUCUCCAGGCUAAGGACAAAACCGGCUCCAGUGACCCUUAUGUGACUGUUCAAGUUGGAAAGACAAAGAAGAGGACCAAAACCAUUUACGGCAACCUCAACCCUGUCUGGGAUGAGAACUUUCAUUUUGAAUGUCACAACUCCUCCGACCGCAUCAAGGUGCGAGUUUGGGAUGAGGACGAUGACAUCAAGUCUCGUGUGAAACAGAGGUUCAAACGUGAGAGCGAUGACUUCCUGGGCCAAACCAUCAUUGAAGUCCGCACUCUGAGCGGGGAGAUGGACGUUUGGUACAACCUCGACAAGAGGACAGAUAAGUCUGCGGUGUCGGGAGCCAUCCGGAUGCAAAUCAGUGUGGAGAUCAAAGGAGAAGAGACAGUGGCUCCUUACCACGUCCAAUACACCUGUCUCCAUGAGCAUCUGUUCCAGUACACCACUGAGGAGCAAAACAGCGGUGUCGUGAAGAUCCCUGACGCCAAAGGAGACGAUGCUUGGAAGGUGUACUUCGAGGAGACUGCUCAGGAGAUCGUGGAUGAGUUUGCCAUGAGAUACGGAGUUGAAUCCAUCUAUCAGGCCAUGACCCACUUCGCCUGCUUGUCAUCUAAGUACAUGUGUCCAGGAGUGCCGGCUGUGAUGAGCACCCUGCUGGCCAACAUUAACGCUUACUACGCACACACCACACAGUCGUCCAACAAUGUUUCUGCCUCGGACAGAUUUGCUGCAUCAAACUUCGGCAAGGAGAGGUUUGUUAAACUGCUGGAUCAGCUGCACAACUCCCUGAGGAUCGACCUGUCCAUGUAUCGGAAUAACUUCCCCGCCAGCAGUCCUGAACGACUACAGGACCUCAAGUCUACUGUUGACCUGCUGACUAGCAUCACCUUCUUCAGGAUGAAGGUCCAGGAGCUGCAGAGUCCCCCCAGGGCGAGCCAGGUGGUGAAGGACUGUGUGAAAGCCUGCCUCAACUCCACCUACGAGUACAUUUUCAACAACUGCCAUGAUCUGUACAACAGGGAAUAUCAGACGGACCCUUCAAAAGCAGUCCCUCCGGAUGAGCAGGGUCCCAGCGUCAGAAACCUGGACUUCUGGUCAAAGCUUAUCACCCUCAUCGUUUCCAUCAUAGAAGAGGAUAAAAACUCCUACACUCCUUGCCUUAAUCAGUUUCCCCAAGAACUCAAUGUGGGCAAGAUCAGUGCUGAAGUCAUGUGGAACAUGUUUGCACAAGAUAUGAGAUACGCCAUGGAGGAACAUGAGAAGCAGCGCCUGUGUAAAAGUGCAGAUUAUAUGAAUUUACACUUCAAAGUGAAGUGGCUCUACAACGAGUACUGCAAGGAGCUGGCUACCUUCCAGAAGCACGUACCUGAAUAUCCAGCCUGGUUUGAGCCAUUUGUCGUCAUGUGGUUGGACGAGAAUGAGGAAGUGUCCAGAGAUUUCCUCCAUGGAGCCCUGGAGAGGGACAAGAAAGAUGGGUUCCAGGUCACAUCGGAGCACGCUUUGUUCUCCUGCUCGGUGGUCGACGUGUUCUCUCAGCUCAAUCAGAGUUUUGAAAUCAUCCGCAAGUUGGAAUGUCCCGAUCCUCAGAUCGUUGGGAACUACAUGAAGCGGUUUGCCAAGACUAUCGGCAAUGUCCUGCUCUCUUACGCAGACAUCAUUGCAAAGGACUUCCCAAAUCAUGUGAAGAAGGAAAAAGUGCCAUGCAUCAUAAUCAAUAACAUUCAGCAGCUCAGAGUUCAGCUUGAGAAAAUGUUUGAGGCCAUGGGAGGCAAAGAUCUCAAUGUGGAGGCCAGCGACUUCCUGAAGGAGCUCCAGAACAAACUGAAUAACGUCAUGGACGACCUCAGCCGCAUCUUUGCUGUCAGUUUCCAGCCCCAGAUCGAAGAUAAUGUGAGGCAAAUGGGGGACAUCCUAGCCCUGGUGAAAGGUCAGACUGUUCCAGCCAAUGGCAGCGUAGUGCAGGAGGCCGACAAUGUCCUGCAACCAAUCAUGGACUUCCUGGACAGCAACUUGUCACUCUUUGCUAAGAUCUGUGAGAAGACUGUCCUGAAAAGAGUGCUGAAGGAACUGUGGAAACUGGUGAUGAACACAAUGGAAAAGACAAUCGUGCUUCCAACACUUACAGAUCAGACGGGCACUCAGAUGAUAUUCAAUGCUGCCAAGGAGCUGGGUCAGCUUUCCAAGCUCAAGGAGCACAUGGGCCGAGAGGAAGCCAAAGCUCUGACUCCUAAACAGUGUGCAGUCAUCGAGCUCGCGCUGGACACUAUUAAGCAAUACUUCCAUGCGGGUGGCGUGGGUCUGAAGAAGACCUUCUUGGAGAAGAGUCCAGAUCUGCAGUCCCUGCGCUACGCCUUGUCUCUGUACACGCAGGCCACAGACAAGCUCAUCAGGAAGUUCGUCCUCUCACAGACUGCUCAGGUCCAUGGAGGAAAGGGGGUCAGGUACUCGUCGAAUGAGGACACCCCUCCAGAGAAAGCGUCUGGAGUGGAUGCAGUGGGUGAGGUGGUCAUGGGGGUGGAUAUUCUACCCCAACCAAAUGGAGAGCACAAGAUCAAUGUAAAAGUGGCUGCUGCUAAUGACCUGAAAUGGAAAGCACAAGGCUUCAGGCCUUUUGUGGAAGUCUACAUUAUUGGCCCUCACCUCAGCGACAAGAAGAGAAAGUUUGCCACCAAGUCCAAGAACAACAGCUGGUCUCCCAAGUUUGGUGACUGUUUCCAGUAUUCCCUGGGGGCCGAGGCGGGUCCGGAGAGCUACGAGCUGCAGGUGUGUGUGAAGGACUACUGCUUUGCCCGGGAGGACCGCACCGUGGGCAUGGCCGUGCUGCAGGUGAAGGACAUGGCGAGCAAGGGCAGCGUCACCUGCUGGAUGCCUCUGGGCAGACGAGUCCACAUGGAUGAGACGGGCCUGACGGUGCUGCGGAUCCUGUCUCAGCGCAACAACGACGACGUGGCCAAAGAGUUCGUCAAGCUCAAGUCAGACCAGCGCUCGGCCGAGGAGGGACGGAGCUGAGGGAGGAGGACGACGCAACACGUGUGCACAAGACACCAGACACGCCAAAUAGACAUAGCAGUCACGGCUACAUGGACAAACACGUGCAGUAUACAAGCACACACAUCAAAAAAACGCUCUAAUGUACAUAUAUCUGCAUACAUUAUGCAACAUUUACUUUGCAAUGUAAUCAAUGCAAACGACGGGGAAUACGUUUAUGAAGAGAUUUGAUUUGAUUGUUUCUGCAGUUUCCCCUCUCAGUUUCCAGCUACACUCCCACUAACAGUGUCACUCACUCUUUCCGAUGACAUAUCACACCUUUUCUAUGCUGUACAUGUAGUUGUGAUAUAUCGCAUUGCAGAACAACAAAACAGUGUUAAUAGUUUGAGAAUGACCACUUUGCACUUUUGCUUGUCUGCAUCAGCAGGAGAGCGAUCUUUGCCUUGCUAUGCUCCGUCUGUCCGUCCGUCUGUCACCUGCCUGACUGUGUGUCGUUCUUGCAGCGCGUCCCUCCCCCCUGGACACCUUCGUUGUUUGAUCUGUGUAGUCUUCCCACAGUUUCAUGUGCUGUGUAAGUUUAAGAGUUCAGAGACAAAUGUAAUAUAGGCUUCCUUCGUCCCCUAAAAAUUCCAGAGACCUUAGAUCAGUGUCAGGGGGCAACACCACUGCUACUGUGUGCUGUAAUGUACUAACACCCUGCAUGUUGACCCCCGGGAACACUGUGAUUCACUUCACUGUUACCAUGGCAACUGUUGCCUCCCCCGUAAAAGAUGGGUGCCUCCAAUGUUUUAUCUAUGUGAGCAUGGUGCAUAUAUAUCUCUGUGACAAUAAGGUUUCAUAAGGAUGGACCCGUCUAACCAUAAUUGUUGUAGAGAGAACACAGUGGACUGGUUCUGAGCCCAAUAUGUGACGUUUUUAUGGAGGCAGAUGUUGCAGUGUGCAGUUCUAAAUGUCCCACAUCAACCAGAAACAGAGCAAUACCCCACCGUCUCGCACCUAUAUAGUGUACAUCAACUGCAAAAAGGGCUACCGGAUCAGCGGACUGGGAAGUCCAUGGUUUUGUUGGCAAACUGACCACAAGGUUCCCUCACGGGGAGUCUAUCGUGGCCGACACUUUGAAGGAACCAAACGAAGCCUGAAAGGACGCUGGAUGCGGGCCCACAACUCGCUGGAAAACUUUCCUCCUGGCCGCCUGCACUUGUACAUAAACCCAUCAAUCUAAGGCAAUAGAGGUUUGUUUGUGAGUUCACCUAACUUUAUGAAGCCCCACAGGAGCACUGCUGUGUCUUUUGUUAAUGUGUGCAUGCAUGUGUGGGGAAAGUGUGCGUGUAUACAGGUUGAUUUUCACACCUGCAAAAUGGGCUCAAAUUGUGAGCAAUACUUACAAAACCCCAAAAAUAUGCGCUGUCACUCUGAAACCACGGGAGCACCAAGUGCUAUAUACAGAUCCAAAGAAUGGGAAACUUAUGAUCACCUUUUUUUAUGUCACUAAAAUAAUGUAGGAGUCCAUAAAUGAUAUGAUUUAUGGGCUCAUAAAUUCCCAUUCCAGUUGGAACCAUGAAAUAUUUUUUGACACAUUUUGUGCGAGAAGGAAAGUUUUGUGAAUGACUUUGCCUUUCGUAGGACCAAAUUUGCAAGAACCAGAGCUCGCAUCGUCGUAUCUUUUUUUUCUCCCCCUAAUAAUAAUGAAUAAAGCCAUCAGAGUCACCGCCAAGCAUUUAUGUUUUUUUAAGUAUGAUUUUCUGUCAUGUUUAUCAACCUAAACCAGCUCACCUUCCCUGUGAAAGGUGAGCAGAAACUCAUGGAGAUCAUCCAGCUCGUCUAUAGUCUUAUAGCAAUGUUGACUUGGAUGUUUUUGUCGCUGCAUAAAGCCGACCGACACUGGCCUGCGACUUGUCUCUACUCAAUCCUGCUGAAAGCUACCAAAAAUAAAUCUGUCUGUUAUUUUCCUCAGCAGAGCCGUGUCUGUCUCAUCAAGGGGGUUGUUGCAUAUAAACCACGGCCAGCUUGGACAGGUUGACUUGUGUCUUUGAUUGACGUCAGCGUCUCUCAGCUGAGCCAUGGAAAUAUGUGGAUCCCAUUUGUUGUUUUUUUUUUCGUUUGAAUGACUCUAGUCGCAGAGUUUUUUAACAUUUAACGGUCUGUGCAGUUACACGGUUUUCAUGGGUUGUUGUGUUUAAUCCCAGGAUUCAAGAGGAAAUUUUUACGUGUCAGAUUGCAGCUGAGAAAAGCAACAAAUAAUUACCGACCAUCCAGUAUUUGGGCUUGUUGGCUGCAUGCUUCACUUGUCUUAGUUCACAAAAACAGACACACACACCAACAACACACAUCUACUCAAGAUUUCUGCUCAAGCACAAAAGGGCAUACGUAAGAGGGCACAUGCAUGCAUGCACGCCGACCCGCUGCCGUGGAGACCAAUGAUGCCCGACCCUGUGAAUAGAAUCAACAACAAUUGCAUGAUGGGAAACUUAAUUGUACAAGCACGCGUCUCUUAGAUGUUACUUGACUUUUUAUUUGAUUUCCGACUUUCCAAAGGUAUGUAACGAGAACUCGUCAGUGUUUUUGUUUAAAAAAAAAACAGUAAUAUAAAAAAUUUGUAACCAAUAUGAAUGUAGUGUGAACACAGAUCUCGCAUGAGAGAAUUAUUUUCUACCGAGGAUGUUUGUAAUUUGUUUCUUAUCAUUAUUGAUUGUUCUUUAAUGAGGUUGAAGUGGAGCUGGAAUGCAGCCUGAUUGUGAUCUGCUUCCUAUUAAAAGGACUUGUGUCACAACCCACAUCUCACUGAGAAUCACAUUACUGCAGUUUGAUUGA